GGCGGUGGCCGACCGGGAGGAGGAGGAGGGGCGUGUAGACUUUGGUGGCUAAGUGCGACAGGGUCGGGAGCCGCGGACUUCCCCCAGCAGUGUAGCGCCGCUCCGCCCUGGAGUGACGCCCUCCCGCCCAUGGGCCUGGCCCGGGGCAAACGGCGGGCGGCGCGGAGGAGGCGGCGACAGGUGGCGCGCAGCAAGGGCCAGAGCCCGGUCUGGCCAUGGCCGCCUCGGAGCGGCUCUACGAGUUGUGGCUGCUCUACUACGCGCAGAAGGACCUUGGCUACCUGCAGCAAUGGCUGAAGGCCUUUGUGGGUGUCUUCGAGAGGACUAUCUCUUUAUCCUCCCUGGAACCUCGAAGGCCAGAGGAGGCAGGUGCGGAAGCGCCUCUGCUACCCCUAGAUGCUCUCCAUGCGCUAACGGAGCAGCUAGACCAGGACAACCUGGAACAAGCCCUGCUGUUGCUGAAGCUCUUCAUCAUCCUCUGCAGGAACCUAGAGAAUGUAGAGGCUGGUUGGGGCCAGGUACUGGUGCCCCGCGUGCUGGCAUUGCUCACUGGACUGAUGGCUGAGCUGAAAGGAUCCCCAUCAUCACAGGAGGGCCAUGGGACCCAGCUAGAGAAUGUGGCCCUGCAUGCUCUGCUCCUUUGUGAAGGGCUCUUUGACCCCUACCAGACUUGGCGGCGCCAGCACAGUGGGGAAGUCAUCAGCUCGAAGGAGAAGAGCAAAUACAAGUUCCCUCCGGCUGCUUUGCCCUGUGAAUUCGGAGCCUUCUUCCAAGAGAACCUGCAGGAUGCAGAGCAUUUGCCUCCCAUGUUGCUGUCACGUCUCAUCCACCUCUUUGGUGCCGUCCUUGCAGGAGGAAAGGAGAAUGGGCAGAUGGCUGUGAGUGCUGGCUCUGUGCAGGGACUGCUAGGUGUGGUGCGGGGCUGGGGCCGUGACCCGGCUCAGGACCCCCAGCAGGUGCCACUGGCUCUGAGAGCACUGGUAGGUGCAGUGCAUGUCCUGCAUGCUAGCCGAGCACCACCCCGAGGACCAGAACUCCGCACCCUGCUUGAGGGCUACUUCCACAUUCUUAAUGCUGACUGGCCAGCUAGUCCAAGUUCAAGCCCUGAAGAGGCCCUUGUCACCCUGCGGGUCAGCAUGCUUGAUGCUAUCCCCAUGAUGCUGGCAUGUGAGGACCGGCCAGUGCUACAAGCCACCUUUCUUAGCAACAAUUGCUUCGAACAUCUUAUUCGCCUCAUCCAGAACAGCAAGCUGUACCUGCAGGCCCGGGCGCCCCCUGAGGGGGACAGUGACCUGGCUACCUGGUUACUGACUGAGCCCGAUGUCCAGAAGGUGCUCGACCAGGACACAGAUGCCAUUGCAGUCCACGUGGUCAGAGUGCUGACCUGCAUCAUGAGUGGCUCCCCUUCGGCCAAGGAGGUGUUCAAGGAACGCAUUGGCUACCAGCACCUGCAGGAGGUCCUGCAGAGCCACGGGCCCCCUACCCACCGACUGCUGCAGGAACUACUCAACAUGGCUGUGGAGGGUGACCACAGCAUGCACCCACCUCCACCAAUCCGCAAUGAACAGCCAGUGUUGGUGCUGAUGCAGUGGCUACCAGCAUUGCCUACAGCUGAGCUGCGUCUCUUUCUGGCACAACGCCUCUGGUGGCUCUGUGACAGCUGCCCUGCCAGCCGCGCUACCUGUGUGCAAGCAGGCCUGGUGGGCUACUUGUUAGAGACACUUAACACAGGGACAGCCCUGGGAGCCCGCUGCCAGGAACAGCUAUUAGCCUUGCUGCAAGCGCUGGGUCGCGUGUCACUGCGGCCCUUGGAGUUGCGUCGCCUGCUGCGCCCUCCGCUGGGGCUGGACUCAGAGUCAUGUGGAACUGAAUCUCAGAAGGCUCGACAUGCAGGCGCCGUCAUCCGGGCGCUGUCAGGAAUGGCACGACACCGAGGUCCUGCACGUGCCCUGUGCUACUUUGACCUCACACCCAGCAUGGCUGGCAUCAUGAUGCCCCCUGUGCAGCGAUGGCCAGGACCGGGCUUUACCUUCCACGCCUGGCUGUGUCUGCAACCGUCAGAGGCAGCGUCUACCUCAGCUCCCAGCCGGCCCCUCCAGCGAAAACAACUGUACAGCUUCUUCACCAGCAAUGGCUCAGGGUUCGAGGCCUUCUUCACAGCAGCUGGCACCCUGGUGGUAGCCGUGUGCACACGGAAGGAGUACAUGACCAUGAGCUUGCCUGAGGUGUCCUUUGCUGAUUCUGCCUGGCACUGCGUGGCCAUUGUGCAUGUGCCCGGGCGCCGACCCUUCAGUCAGAAUCUGGUCAAUGUCUUCAAAGAUGGCCAUCUGGUCAAGACAGCACCUCUUCGCUUCCCUUCCCUCAGUGAGCCUUUUUCCUCCUGCUGUAUUGGUUCUGCUGGGCACCGCACGACGACGACCACCACAGGGCUCCCUGCGUUGUCAGUCUCCACUGCCUUGUCUCACACUCACCCCUCUCUCACCCGCUCCCAGUCAGUCCCAGCCUCCACAGGCCUGGGCUGGGGGCCUGGGCUGGGGGCCCCUCUGCAGGAGGGCAGCAUCAGCUCUACCCUUGCAGGCACCCAGGAUACUCGGUGGGGAAGCCCCACAUCUCUGGAGGGUGAGCUGGGGGCUGUGGCCAUCUUUCAUGAAGCCCUGCAAGCAUCUGCCCUCCGUGCCCUGUGUAUCCUGGGGCCCAACGAGCCAGCACCCUUCAAGCCUGAGGGCGAACUGCAGGAGCUUGGUGCCAAGUUGCUCCUCCAUUAUUCACCGCAGGCCUGUAAGAACAAUAUCUGUCUGGACCUGUCCCCUGGCCAUGGGUUGGAUGGCCGCCUGACAGGACAUAGGGUGGAGACAUGGAAUGUGAAGGAUGUGGUGAACUGUGUGGGGGGCAUGGGUGCCCUGCUGCCCUUACUGGAGCGAGUGGCUGUGCAGCCCCAGGAGGCCGAGGCAGGUCCAUGUGAAACGCAUGACCUUGUAGGACCUGAACUGACCUCAGGACAUAACACUCAGGGCCUGCUUCUCCCCUUGGGCAAGUCUUCAGAGGAACGGAUGGAGAGGAAUGCAGUGGCUGCCUUUCUCCUGAUGCUUCGGAGCUUCCUACAGGGUCACACAGUGAAUCAGGAAAGCCUGGUGCAAUGCCAGGGGCCUGCCAUUAUAGGGGCCCUCCUGCGCAAGGUCCCUAGUUGGGCCAUGGAUAUGAACGUGCUCAUGUCUGCCCAGCUGCUGAUGGAGCAGGUGGCUGCUGAUAGCAGUGGGCCCCUCCUCUACCUGCUCUACCAGCAUUUGCUCUUCAACUUUCAUCUCUGGACCCUCAGUGACUUUGCUGUGCGCCUGGGUCACAUCCAGUACAUGUCUAGCAUAGUCCGUGAGCACAGACAGAAACUUCGGAAGAAGUAUGGCGUUCAGUUCAUCCUCGAUGCUCUGCGUGCACACUACAGCCCACAGCGGGAGCGCCCCCUUGCUGCAGAUGACCUGCGUACAGUACAGACUUCCCUUUUGGGUCUGGUGCGUGAGUUCCUGGUUCGGAACUUCUCGGUGGAUGACAUGCAGGUUGUAUUGAGCUUUUUAGCAGCCACCAGUGACGAUGGCCAGGUGGUGGGCACACUGGACUUGUUGCUGGCCCUGCUUCAGGGUUCUCCAGUACAAGAGCCCUUGGCCAUCUUCCUGUUGGAGCCAGGGAACCUUGAGGUGCUGCUCACACUGCUGGUGCGGCCAAAGUCAACGCCCCUUUUGACUGACAGGGUCUGCAAGAUCUUGCGAAGACUGCAGCAGAAUGAGCGGUUACCUGAGCGGAACCGCCAGAGGCUCCGGCUGCGCGAUUGUGGUCUCCAGGGUCUUGUUGCUAGCUUGCCAGAAGGGAGCAUCUCUCCCCAGCUCUGCCAGGGCCUUUAUAAGCUGUUUGUAGGGACAGUCCCUCAGGUUGUAUCCCCAGACUGCCUGAAUCUCUCAGAUUUGUUGGCUGUUGUACAGCUAUCCCUCCAGGCUGACCUCAGUGUCCGCCUAGACAUCUGUCGUCAGCUCUUUCACCUCAUCUACGGACAGCCAGACGUCGUUCGGCUGCUGGCCCGGCAAGCUGGUUGGCAGGAUGUGCUGACCCGGCUGUAUGUCCUUGAGGCUGCCACAGACAGUGGUCCCCCACGCUUUCUCCCAGAGCUGCCGACCUCCUCGGAGCUGGCCCCGUCUCCACCGCCCACUGAGUUGCCUGCUGAAUCUUCUGACGUCUUCCUGCCUUCAGAGUCCCCUUGCACUGAGCCGGAUGCCUUUUACCAUGCCCUCUCCCCGUUCAGUACACCCUUUGACCUGGGUUUGGAACGGGCCAGCGUUGGCUCAGGCAAUACCGCAGGUGGGGGCAGCAGCAAUGGGACUAUUACUCCGGCCAGCCAGCCUGGCACACCCUCCCCACUGGAUGGGCCACGCCCCUUCCCUACUGCUCAAGGCCGCCACAGCUCCAGCCUCUCCAACGUGCUAGAGGAUGGCAGCCUGCUGGAACCCACCAUCAGUGGGGAUGAUACCUCUAACACGAGCAACCCCCAGCAAACCCCUGAAGAAGAGCUGUGUAACUUACUCACCAACGUGCUAUUCUCAGUGACGUGGCGGGGCGUGGAGGGCAGUGAUGAGGCGGCCUGGCGGGAACGUGGCCAGGUCUUCUCGGUGCUUACCCAGCUGGGGGCCUCAGCCACACUCGUGCGACCACCAGACUGUAUCAAGUGCAGCCUCCUAGAGAUGAUGUUAGAGUCAGCCCUGACCGACAUCAAGGAGGCUCCCCCAGGAGGCCUGGCCAACCUUUCCCAGCAGGCACUGUGGCUGCUCCGUUUACUGCAGGAUUUCUUGUGUGCUGAGGGCCACGGUAACCAGGAGCUAUGGAGUGAGAAGCUCUUUGAAGGUGUGUGCAACCUGCUUGAUCGCCUGGGCGCCUGGCCACAUCUCGCUAAUAGCACAGCGGAUCUCCGAGAGAUGGCACAGAUCGGCUUACGUCUUGUGCUUGGAUAUAUCCUAUUGGAAGACCCACAGCUGCAUGCCCAGGCCUAUGUGAAGCUGCAUACACUGCUGCAGACCGCCGUGCCAACCCGCCGGGAGGAGGCAUGCUAUGUGCUCUCCAAGCUGGAGGCGGCACUCAGCCGGGCGCUGAACACCUCUUCCUCGGAGACUGAGCAUGAAUCCACAGCUGUGGCAGCCUCUGAGCGCUGUUCGUGGUUGGUGCCUCUGGUCCGCACGCUGCUGGACCGUGCUUAUGGGGCCCUGGGACUUCAGUGGGGGCUGCCCUCCUUACCACCCACAAAUGGAAGCCCCACCUUCUUUGAGGACUUCCAGGCUUUUUGUGUCACACCUGAAUGGCGCCACUUCAUCGACAAGCAGGUUCAGCCAACUAUGUCAAAGUUUGAAAUGGACACAUAUGCUAAGAGCCAUGAUCUCAUGUCAGGCUUCUGGAAUGCCUGCUACGACACACUCAUGAGCAGUGGGCAGCGGCAUCAGCGGGACCGUAUCCAGAGUCGGCAGACCUUCCAGGAGCUGGUCCUAGAACCUGCCCAGCGCAGGGCUCGCAUGGAGGGACUGCGCUAUGCAGCGGUACUGAAGCAGCAGGCAGCACAGCACUCGACAGCCCUGCUCCACUGGGGGGCACUGUGGCGCCAGCUUUCUAGCCCCUGUGGGGCCUGGGCACUAAGGGUCCCUCCAGCCCCCCACUGGAAGCUGUCUAGUGCAGAGACAUACUCACGUAUGCGACUAAAACUUGUACCCAAUCAUCACUUUGACCCUCACCUGGAAGCUAGUGCCCUACGUGACAAUCUCGGUGAAGCUCCCAUGACACCCACCGAGGAGGCCUCACUGCCUCUGGCAGUGACCAAAGAAGCCAAAAUCAGUGCCCCAACAGAGGAGCUGCCUGAAGACCAGUUAGGGGAGGAGGAGCUAGCUGUGCUAGAGACCCUGAUGGAGGCAGCCGAGCCAGAUGAACAACGCGAGAAGCUUGUGUUGUCAGCUGAGUGCCAGCUUGUCACUGUGGUGGCUGUGGUCCCAGGACUCUUAGAGGUCACCACGCAGCACGUGUAUUUCUAUGACGGCAGCACAGACCGUGUGGAAACUGAGGAAGGCAUUGGCCAUGACUUCCGGCGCCCCUUGGCCCAGCUGCGUGAGGUCCACCUGCGGCGUUUCAACCUGAGGCGUUCGGCGCUUGAGCUCUUCUUCAUCGAUCAAUCCAACUACUUCCUCAACUUCCCACACAAGGUGGCCGGGUCCUCCGCUUCAUCUCCUUGCCAGGUUCCCAGGCCCCAGCUCUGCCCGAUCCCACCCCACACCCAGGUACGGAACCAGGUGUACUCGUGGCUUCUGCGCCUGCGGCCACCCACCCAAGGCUACCUAAGCAGCCGCUCCCCCCAGGAGAUGCUUCGUGCCUCGGGUCUUACCCAGAAAUGGGUACAGCGAGAGAUAUCCAACUUCGAGUAUCUGAUGCAGCUCAACACAAUUGCAGGACGCACCUAUAAUGACCUGUCUCAGUACCCUGUGUUCCCCUGGGUCUUGCAGGACUAUGUAUCCCCAGUCUUGGACCUCAGCAAUCCAGCUGUCUUCCGGGACCUGUCCAAACCCAUCGGUGUGGUGAACCCCAAGCAUGCCCAGCUCGUGAGGGAGAAAUACGAGAGCUUUGAGGACCCAGCAGGCACAAUCGACAAGUUCCACUAUGGCACACACUAUUCCAACGCAGCAGGCGUGAUGCACUACCUCAUCCGAGUGGAACCCUUCACCUCCCUGCACGUCCAGUUACAGAGCGGACGCUUCGACUGCUCUGAUCGUCAAUUCCACUCCGUGGCAGCUGCUUGGCAGGCACGGCUGGAGAGCCCUGCCGAUGUGAAGGAGCUCAUCCCAGAGUUUUUCUACUUUCCUGACUUCCUGGAGAACCAGAAUGGCUUUGACCUGGGCUGCCUCCAGUUGACCAACGAGAAGGUGGGUGAUGUGGUGCUGCCCCCAUGGGCCAGCUGUCCUGAGGAUUUCAUCCAGAAGCACCGCCGGGCUCUGGAAUCGGAGUAUGUGUCCACCCACCUGCAUGAGUGGAUCGAUCUCAUCUUUGGCUAUAAGCAGCGGGGUCCAGCGGCCGAGGAGGCCCUCAAUGUCUUCUAUUACUGCACUUAUGAAGGGGCGGUUGACCUGGACCAUGUGGCAGAUGAACGGGAACGGAAGGCUCUGGAAGGCAUCAUCAGCAACUUUGGGCAGACUCCUUGUCAGCUGCUGAAGGAGCCACAUCCACCCCGGCUCUCAGCUGAGGAAGCAGCCGUUCGCCUUGCUCGGCUGGACACCAACUCACCUAGCAUCUUCCAGAACCUGGACCAACUCAAGGCCUUUUUUGCUGAGGUUGUCAGUGAGGGUGUACCUCUGGUGUUAGCUCUGGUUCCCCACCGACAGCCACACUCCUUUAUCACCCAGAGCUCCUCAGACAUGUUGGUGACUGUAAGUGCCAGUGGGCUACUGGGCACUCAUAGCUGGCUACCCUAUGACCGAAACAUCAAUAACUACUUCAGCUUCAGCAAAGAUCCCACCAUGGGGAACCCCAAGGUACAGAAACUACUGAGUGGGCCGUGGGUGCCAGGCGGCGGCGUGAGUGGGCAAGCACUAGCAGUAGCUCCCGACGGAAAGCUGCUCUUCAGUGGUGGCCACUGGGAUGGCAGCCUACGAGUAACUUCACUACCCCGUGGCAGGCUGUUGAACCAGCUAAGCCGACACCUCGAUGUAGUGACCUGCCUUGCACUGGACACCUGCGGCAUCUACCUCAUCUCCGGCUCCCGGGAUACCACGUGCAUGGUGUGGCGUCUUCUGCAGCAGAGUGGUCUGUCGGCAGGGCUGGCACCAAAGCCUGUACAGGUCUUAUACGGACAUGAGGCUGCAGUGAGCUGUGUGGCCAUCAGCACUGAACUUGACAUGGCUGUGUCUGGAUCUGAGGAUGGAACUGUGAUCAUACAUACUGUACGUCGAGGCCAGUUUGUGGCAGCAUUAAGGCCUCCGGGUGCCACCCUGCCUGGACCUGUAUCGCACUUAGCACUGGGGUCUGAAGGCCAGAUUGUUGUACUGAGCUCUGCUUGUGAACGUCUUGGGGCCCAGGUCACCUACUCCUUGCACCUGUAUUCAGUGAAUGGGAGGUUGCGGGCUUCAGUGACUCUGACUGAGCAGCCCACAGCCCUGACUGUGGCAGAAGACUUUGUUCUGUUGGGCACAGCUCAGUGCUCGCUACAUAUCCUGCACUUGAACAAAUUGCAGCCUGCUGUGCCUCCCCUGCCCAUGAAAGUGCCAGUCCACAGUGUGUCUGUGACCAAGGAGCGCAGUCAUGUGCUGGUGGGCCUGGAAGAUGGCAAAUUGAUUGUUGUGGGCGCUGGCCAGCCUUCUGAGGUACGCAGCAGCCAGUUCGCGCGGAAGCUGUGGCGCUCCUCGCGGCGCAUCUCCCAGGUGUCCUCUGGGGAGACUGAGUACAAUCCUGGAGAGGCUCGCUGAACCUGGUGUUUAGGUGCUCAGAUAUCAGACAUCAGACCCGCCCGAGCCUGAUGCUCUUGCCCAGGAGACUGCUGCACCAGGGGGUGGGCGGGGCCCACCCUCCAGCUCAGGGAUUGGUAGAUGACAUCACCAGGAAGUCCCGCCCCUCGCCGGCUGAGGGGAGACCUAGCGAUUGCCUCUGCGGCCGCAGCUGCAUAUUUUGCACAAUCUGGGGUGGGAGGGGAUCCCUACUUUCAAAACCCCACGUCCCAGUGAAGCACAAAAACCACCCGUGGCCUUAAUCUCCAAAGGUGACUAUCGCUGCCCAUUCUCAGCAAUAAACUUGGCCUAGUUUUGUAACCU